AGUGGCUGCGGCGGCGGGCGGAAGUACCGGGGGCGUGGGUGCGCGCGUGGAUCCGGCGGUGCCGCAGCCAUGGCGGAGCGCGUCGAGCAGCGCCUGGAGGACCGCGUGCCGGAGCUGGAGCAGUUGGAGCGGGUCGGCCUCUUCACGCACGAGGAGAUCAGGGCUGUCCUGAAGAAGGCCACGGCUCUGGAGUACAAAAUACAGCGGAGAGCCCUUCGGAAGGAGGAUUUUAUCAAUUAUAUUCAGUAUGAAAUUAAUCUGCUGGAACUGAUCAAGAAAAGAAGAGCGCGCACCGGGUACUCAUUUAAGAAGGAUGAAAUUGAGAGCUCUAUUAUGCAUAGGGUCCACAGCCUCUUCAAACGUGCCACAGGAAAAUGGAAAGAAGAUGUCCAGCUUUGGCUGUCACACGUUGCAUUUUGCAAGCAGUGGAAUGCAAAACAUCAGCUUAGCAAGGUGUUUUCUACCAUGUUGGCCAUUCAUCCCAAUAAACCAGCACUGUGGAUUAUGGCAGCAAAAUGGGAAAUGGAAACACGCCUCUCCUCAGAAAGUGCUAGGCACUUGUUCCUGCGUGCUUUGCGCUUCCAUCCAGAGUGUCCAAAACUUUACCAAGAGUAUUUCAGAAUGGAACUGAUGAAUGCGGAAAAACAGAGAAAGGAAAAGAAAGAACUUGAACGAGCAAAGAUGAACUUGGAGGAAUUCAAUUAUUCUGAGAAGAUUCUUAAUGGGGAAAUGGCUCACAUAAUCUACAGGGAUGCUGUUCAGAAAAUUAAAGGUGUUGAGUUCCGUCUGGCUCUGCUUUCUAUUGCGAAGCUCUUUGAUUUUACACACGAUUUGCAAAAAGAAAUUCUUGAAAGUUUGCAGGCUGAGUAUGCUGAUAAUCCUCUGAUGUGGGACUACAUGGCCCGUCGAGAGCUGGAGCUGGGAUCCUUGAAGUCCACAGAACCCACCACAAAACAGAUGAAGGUGUCUGAAAUGACCCAGAGAGAGGAACGUUGCAGUGCAGUCUUUGAAGAGGCUGUGACAGCAGUCCCCACGGAGGACAUGUGGAAAUGCUACAUCACUUUCUGCUUAGAGAGAUGUAACAGGAAAACCAACAGUGAAGAAUUAAAGCAAAAGAGGCUGGAGAGGACACUGAAUGUGUUCAGCAAAGCCCACGAGUCCAGUUUGCUGCCAGAAGCUCUCUAUAAGCAGUGGCUUCAGCUGUUACUGAAGUCCAGCCUUUCUCAGAAGGCUGCAGAGGUGGCAGAAGCUGCAACUCAGCGUUUCAGCCUGUCAGUGGAAAUGUGGCAGAUGAGGCUGCAGGUGCUGAUCCAGCUGAAGAGUGACAACGUGACCCAGUGUUUUGAAGAAGCCCUCAAGCAUGUGAAAUCUAAGGGCACUUUACCAUUGUGGGCCCUCUGGGUGGAGUGGAGUGAAGUCGCAAAUAGCAAGGAAGACACAGAAGCUCUCUACCAGAGGUGCUUACAUGCCAUAGCUCCUGCUGAAUCUGUGACUAUGAAAGAAAAGUAUCUUGACUGGGCUUACAGGAAUGGUGGAUAUAAGAAAGUAAGAAAAGUCUUUACCAGCCUGCAUGAAAGUCGUCCACUUUCACUUGACUUCUUCAGGAAGAUGAUUGAAAUAGAAAAGGAACAAGAAUCGUGCAAAAUGCUUCAUCUGAGAGAAUACUAUGAACGUGCUUUGAGAGAGUUUGGUUCAGCAGAUUCUGAUCUCUGGCUGGAAUAUAUCAAGGAGGAGCUGAGUCAUCCCCAGGGCAAACCAGAAAACUCUGGGAGUAUUCACUGGCGAGCUCUGAAGAUGUUAGAGGGAGAUCAGGUGGAAGACUUCAUUUCCAAAUACACUUUACUGCAAACUGGACACUUAUGAAAAACUAAAAAUAAUUACAGCACGACAUUGUGGAUUUUUAAAACAAAACUUGUGUAGAAAGGUAAAUAUGUUUUGUGAUAUUAAAGUGCAUUUUCUUUACUGCAUGUGUGAAAAGAAUUCUGUCUCAGCACAGCUGUUACUGGUGUUUCUGUCAGUGUCAGGUUUGUGUGCACAGCUGGAGAUGGCAGAGGCAUCUCUGAGCUUUCCUCCAGCCUGUGCAUUGAGAUAGAAGUUGCAAUGCAUCAGCUUUUACACUGGCAGACUAACACUGCAACACAUACAUACAAAAAAAACAACAAAAUAAACCAUUGUACCCCUGGCGGGAGUUCUUAACAUCAAGUUCAGUAAGGAAAAAAUGGAACACUGGAUAAACAAUCUGUAAAAUGAUGGUAUUUAUUUGUUUCUUAACCUUGAAGUCAUCUAUCAUCCUCUUUUCAAAAGCCAAACAACUUGUACAGCCACCUUGUCUCCUCCUAAGUAAUUCUGAGUGACUGUGCACAGUGCAGGCAAGCAGAGCUCUGUUGCAGCAGAUGUUCCUGCUGUGACGGGUAAGCUCCAAUCUGUGCUUCAACCUUCUGGUGGAUCCCUGCUCACAGAGCACCUGCAGCUCCAUCCCACCUGCAUGCAUGUGCUUUUGCUGUGCUCUGCCUUCCUGCUUCCUUCUGCCGAUUGGACAGAACCCCAGGGAACAGGGGCAGGUGUCGAUCCUCGUUUUACAGCUGCGUGAAUCCUCCUUACACUCUGAUUUAUCCGCUUGUUUCUGCUUUUUUUUUCUUCCCCCCUCUCUCCCCUUAUCAAUGACUGGAAAAGCUUUCCAGUAGCAGUGAAAGAAGCUACAUAUCACGUAUGUUAACAGUGAGCGCGGUGUCUGCGCAGAUAAGGCACGUAACCGGUUGCUCCACUUGCCAGCCGUACAGCGGGCCGAGCCGCCGCACCGUGGAAGCCGCCGAUCCGCCUCCGUCAGCGGGCGCAGCUCUGAGGCGCGAGGGGCCGAGCAGGGCGGGCACAGGCCUGACGCGCGGGGACAGAACUCCGCUUGCGGCCGCUGCCUCCGCGCUGCCCGGCCGCCGCGGUGGGAUCCUGCGGGGCGGGGAGCGGAGUAGGACCGGCUCGUUUCUACCGUGCGGGGAGAGGAAGAAGAGGGGGAGGAGGAGGAGGAGGAGGAGAGGCCGCCGGCGCGGAGCUGCCCGACGUACGCCGCGUUCUGUCCGCGUUGCGCGUUCCGGCCCCGUGCAGCAGGCGCGUGCCCGGGGCUGCGCGGGCAGCCUGUCGUGCAGAGAAGUUAUCUGUGCCUCAGUUGUGUCUGAGGAUAACUUCUGUUUUCUUUGCUCUUCCUCCAGGGACCAUCAGAGCCGUUGAGCUGCCGCUUAUGCCUUCGUUACCUUUGCUGCCUUUUCUGGUUGCUGUACCACACGGGUGCGUUCUAGGAGCUGUUCCCAAAAUUUGGUGUGCGUGAGCUGCUUCGUGCUGCCAGGUGUGAGAAAGAUCCUCCCUAAGGCUGUCUGAUUCAUUAAGAGAACCAACAGAUGGUACCCGAGGGCUCCACAACACCAACAGCACUGCAGGAGCCUCGCUGGAGGAGUCUGGGAGAGGAGUAACUGAGUUCUCUGAAACUGCUUUGUAGGUGAUGGCUGCCACCCUGGAGCACAGAGGCUCUGAGGAGGAGCAGCCUCCUAACAAGAAGGAAACUAUGACCUGGAAACCCAGAGAUGUUAAGCCUAAAAUAUUAGGGCAAACUAAAGCAGAUGAAUGUUUGCUGAAGAAUGCCCUGUGUGUUCUUGAUAGUGACUCUGAAGGAAGUGAAUUCUCUGAUGUCUCUGCAUGUGAAGAUGCUGUCAGUCUGCAUACAAACACUGACGUGGAGGACUUGUGUUGUGAACUCUCUCGUAUGUCUGAGGAUGCAACUUUCCCUCAGCAGCCAGCUGCUUUGACAUAUGAGAUGGAGGACUGGGAUAAAGAGUUGGAGGAGUCUGAACGUAGUCCUUAUGAUGCUGGUGAUCUCUACUGCGGAAGCUUUCAGGAAAAUAAUCUUUUGGCCUCAUACUCAUUUCGAGAGGAUUCACUGUACAACCCGUGCUGUCACCAUGCAGCUUGCCUUGCUUUUCCCCUGCCAGUUAGAAUGACUGAGGUUGGCCAGUUUGAUGAUGCUGAUGAAUGAGGUCAGAACUAAGUUUGGUUUCUGAGUUGGAUUAUUCCUCACUGAGUUGCAGGUGCCAGCUGUAAGCUGUUAGCGCACUUGUGGACUAUUUUCUGUUUGUGUUACAUAGAACUGUGUUGCUAAUUCAUUGUUUGGGAGGAAGUAUGUAAUUCCUAAUCUUACCUUGAUUGCAAAGUGUUGCCAGUUUUGGCAUGUUUGGUACUUGCAUGUCUGGACACUUAACCUGUAAUUUUCUUUCAUUUGUUAUGGAAUCGGUCUUAAAAACUCUUCCUCCUUCCAACUUCUCUGUUGUACUUCUGUGUUGCAGUUUGUAUCUCCAUGUUACUCAUGACAAAAUUAGAUGUGACAGUACAAAAUGAGUUCUUCUGGUUUGACGUGUUUCAAUACAAAGGAAUUUGCAAAACGUCUUCAUGUAUGUAACACACCUGUAGGCAUAUAUUUGGGAUUUUGUUUCCUACAGAGAUGCUGGGUGUUUGUCAGCCUCCCAGGAAAGGUUUCUGCACAUCAGACCUUGUGCUCAGGUGUAUUAUCUUCCAGUCUCCAGUAGUCUGAUGUUGUGUGAGGAUGUUUUAAAGACAUGUAAUGACAAAGAAAAUAUGCUUAUCUGAUCCUCAGUGCGUCCUGCAAACAGCAGUGAAUUGAGAUUCAUGGUAUUACUGACACUAUUUAUUUCUGUGUUGAUAAAUGAGGAAAUGAGAACACAAAAUACUUCCAUAAAGUUCCCAAGAGAAUAGCUGGAACUGGAACUGUAUUCUUUUUGCCUGUGCUUUGGAAUUAAAGGAAAUGUUCUCAAAUGAAGAAUGGAAGUGGAUUGUAUGACUGACUUCUUACAAAAACAGUCUCUUGUCGCUCAUAUUUCUUCAAUCACUUCUCAAGAACGUUUUGAUGGCUUUUUUUUGACACUGCCCCAUGCUGAAGCACUGUACCCUUGUUUAUUCUCAGGCAAGAACUUAACACAAUUGGAAGACUUUUUUUUAACCUAUCUGGUGUAUGAGACUAACUUAUGUAUUAGCAUGGGAGGAGGAAUUGAGCUGGAGUAACAUUUGUUUAAUGUUUUCUUUGAGAGCAGAGGAAAACGAGCUCAGGGAAGCCCUGUUUCACGCACAGGCCAAUCCCACGACCCCUGAGGAUGUCGGCACCGAUGGGAAUGCAUUGCAGCCCUCCCCAGCUGCACUCCCUGUGCACCUCAGACGAGCCAGUGCUGUAAAUCCCAUCCUGGUGGUCUCUUGUCACACCUCGCUCCUGGGAUGAGGGUCUGUGAGAGGAUGCUGGAUCCUUGCACAGCAGUAACUGCAUUGCAGGCUGUGCUGAGCCCUGGAAAUUUGGGCUGGAAGGGCUGUUUGGGACUCCGUUCAGAGACACCUGCAAGAGGCAAAUGUUGGAAUUCCCAGUGGAGAUGGUGAGGAGGCUCGCUGCAAAAUGCGUCUGUAGCAAACUUUUUUCCCAAGAUAACAAACACUAAAAUAAAAUGAAGUGAAAUAUUGGAGAGCCUGCUUUUAUACCCCUUUUAAAACUGAACACAAAAGCCAAGUGAGAUCAUCGGGUUUAUUAGGCAAGAUAUUUCCAGUAAAGAUGGGGAAGCACUCCUGCCACCAUACAAGGAACUGCUCAGCCUCCGUCUGGAAAGUCACAGCCAGUUCCCAUCAUCUGUCUUUGGGAAGGAGAAAUCCGAAGCAGGGCUCAGAAGACGACUGGACUGUGAAGGACACAGAAGUGGCCGUGUGGGAUGUUCAGUGUGGCAGAGCUGAAGAGAGGGCACUGGCUUCUGUAGACACAGCAGAAAGAAGAAGGUUACAUAAAUGACAGUAAAUCUUUGGACGACAGAGUGACUAUAAACUGGCAUGGAAAACACUGACGCUGGAAAUGAGGGUUCUGGGCCUUGGAGCAACCAGGUUCUGCAAGACCUUGCAUCAGGAGAGCAGAGCCAGGUCCUGUUGCAUAACCCACACACGAACAGGUUGGCAUGUGAUGCUGUGAAAGCGGAGUCUGGCUGCAGUGAUCAUCUCCAGUCCCAUGUGCUCCUAGAAUACCAAUAAUUUCUUCCACUGGCCCUGCAAUUCCACAGGCAGCUGUCUAGCUGUGAUCUUCCAGAGAGCCAAAGUAAGCUUUAUUAUUUAGGUUUUAGCUCAGCUACAAUACAUUAUUUAGAAAAAGUCCUGCUGCGCUAAGCUGCAUUCAGUAGCAUGGCAACAUCCAGUGUAUAUAUUUGACUGCACUCUGCUUUGUCUUUUGUUAGCUCCAAUGUCAGCAGGUAAGUGAGCAGAGUGGCCCUGAGACCUGCCAGUGUGGGGCACAGUGUAGGAAACUGUCUCAGUUUCACAUCUUUAGCAAACCUGGUGCUCUGCAUUCCUCACCAGUGCCCAGGAUGCUGCUGUCAAUGCAUCACACCCAGAAUGCACAGACACUGCUUUGCUCCUGCCUUUUUGCAGUUUCCCUGUGGCAAGCUGCUGGGCUUGAGCUCCUGGGCUUCGUGCCGUGGCUCCUUGCAGCCCCACACCUCCUUCCCUUUCCAAAAUGCAUUUUGAAACUUCAGCUGUAGUGAUCUGGGUGUGUGUAACUGGGAGUGCUAAUGUUAUUGUCACUGAGGGGGAAAGCUGUGGCCCUAUGCCCUACAGUGGAGCUCUCCAAGACAUUGCGCCAGAGACUGCAGCUUACUGAGUGUGCUACAGAAUGGGAUCUAGGAGCUGCAACACCGUUUGCUUAAUGGCCAGCAGUGACAGAGUUAUAAAUCAACAAGGCACCUAUUACCUUCAAUGGAAAACGGUAAUCUGGUUUUUCUCCUAGCGGCUUCUGUUGCAAUAAUCACGUGCUUGCGGCCUCCUCCAGGGUACAGUGCAAUGCAUCUCCCUUGCAGCAGUCACAUCCCUGCCCCUGGGAGCCCUCCCAGCUCAGCAGGGCACUGAGCAUUCCCUCGACCGCUGGGAACCGCAGGGGCUCAGUGCCUGAGCUCAGCCCUCCAGCAGGAUGUGUGCAGCUUCGCUCCGCUUUUCACCAACAGCUGCAGGGCAGCCUGGAAAUGGAGUUGUAGGAAGGGAAGGGAUCGUAGGGCUGCUUUCUUCCUGCUUUUUUCCCCACUCAGAGGUAUGGAGGGCUGUUGAGCACGGCGGAGCUCCGCGUUCAGAGCACCCUGCACAGGAGGCAGCGAGUGGCCGCAAUGGCAGCACCCUGGUGUCAGGUGUCUGUCUUAGCCUCUUCCCAGCAAGGUCUCCAUCUAAAUCAACAGGAGCUCUCUGGACUCCGAACCAUGGCAUACGUGUAUUUUUAGAAGCCAAUCAAUCAGUGGUGACUGUUCAAGUUCAGACAAGUCAAACACAGCCUGCAAAGUUACACAGAAGCACUGUGUGUUGUAGAAGGGUUGGUGAGCCUGCUUAUUAUUUGGUGUGCCGUGCCAAAUCCAUGAGCUACCAAGGCUGGGUUCUUUUCAGAGAGAUAUCCAUAAGAAGUGUAAGUAUAAACAGACUGUGGAUUGUGGCACACACGCUUUUUAAUUGAAGCAAUAAAUGACUGUUUGUGCUUCCACAGAAGCCCUCUUUCAAGGUGCUGUGUGUUUUCCAAACUUUAACACAGCCCUAGGUUCAGGGUUUGUCAUCUGGGCCUUUCUGUAGGUGAGGAAACUGAGGCACAGGAGAAUGUAGAUGCUGCCAAGGAGCUACAGAGACUGUGAAGUCCCAGCUUGUCUCCAGAAAAGUGCUGCGCUGGGCGAAGAAAACAAACACCUGUGCCCUGGCUUCCCUUCACAGUCUGAUCAGCGGAAACAGCAGCAGAGGGGUUAGUUAGGUCAGCACCUCUGGGCAGCAGCAGCAGGUUGACUUUUCAGUGGCUUUGGCUACAAGGCAGGAACGUCCCGAAGCCUUUCUGUGUGUUUCUUCCAAGUGCAUGAGCUGGGGUUUGGAAAUGGUGAGCACAGAGCAGGUGUACAAAUAUAAAAAAUGAUCAUAAUGAAUCGUAUCCCUUCAUGAACAGUGCAGAGGCUCAGUAGUUGUGAGGAAGCAGGCACAGCCUGGAGUCAGGCUGGACCUUGAAGAUCAGACACCAACCAGUCAGUGAGCAGAUUAGAAAAUGUUCUGAUUUCCAGAGCCUCAGUUUAUCCAGCUUGAAAGUGGAACUGAUACUUUCCGAUGUCGCUGACCACUCAAUCAAGAAACGUGGCCUUGGCCUCUUCUGUUUCUCUUCUUCUUCGUGUCCUUCCCUCCAUUGCUACAAGACAUCUGCUCCAGAACUUCUGGUUGGAGUCUUUGCACAGCUGCACAAAAUGUAGUGCAUGAUCUGAUUCUCAAAUUGGGUUUAACUCAUAUGUACAGUGCCAGCUGGAGGGGCCUACUGAGCUUUUGCUGAUGCAUCAGAAAUAUAUUUUUAGGAAGGUUUCUCUAUAAUUAUCACAUUAUAGCUCCUUCUGGAUCACUCAGAGUAUAGUAAACAAUUGCUAUACUUGUUAGAGGUCAUGAAUACAGAAAAACAUUCCUCUGUGUGAGGUCUGCUGUUAAAUAAUAACUUGUCGUUUCAUGGCGUGGGGGGAGUGAAUGCCCUCGAAGGGACGUGCUGACAUUGUUCAAGCCAGUGAUCCAGUUCCUGUAAUUUACACCACUUUCUUAAAGCUGCUUCUCUGCACAAGAACAAUGGAUGUGCUGAGGGACAGCUGUUGCCCUGCUGCAGCUCCUGUUGCCUUGUGUGUUGAUCCUCUCUCCGGUUUCUCUGCUGUGCUGCUGCAGCAACACACGGAUGGAUCCCUGCUGGAGGCCUUGGAGGUGAUGGGCAGCUGGGUGAGGAAGGUGGUUACCGGACAGCUGUGCAGGGUGCAGCCCUAGGCAGAUGGGGCAGGUGAGUGGCAUUAGAAGGUGAUCACACAAAGAGAUGAUUAAUGAGUAAUUUCGUGAUCAGUGAGUUGAAUGAACAGCGCUCACCUUUGUGGCAUCUCUGCUAUCUGGUAUAGAGGGAGCAUUCGCUGCUGUCUUUUCCUCAGGGGAUGCUAAUGGUGUCCGUGUCCUCCGUCUGUCAUCUGCCUGUCUGGGACCUUUGGGGCUCUGAGAAAUCCUCCUCUCUGUCUCCUUGAAAUAGUCUGACACGAUCAAGAACUACUUGCACACAUUGGGCUCACACAGCGCCCCAUGUAAAGCUUUAUUCCCUUGGGAAAUCCAGGCUUUACCGUAAUCACCUUGCUGUUCAACCAGGCGUAACAUGCAGUUGUGAUUUUCAUAGUACAGUAGAAAAGUGAGGAUCUGGCUGUGGCUGAAAUCAGUUAACAGAACAGAUAAGUUAGGGAUCCCAGAGCUCCUGGAGUCCUAUCUCAAGACCAAAGAAGAAAUUAAAGAUAUCUGAUGGAGCUGCAGAAGUGGGGUAGAGCAGUGAGCUCCAACCAGACAGGUGACAGAUGUGUCCAUGAUGACAUCUCACAGUCCCUCCCUGUGGCAUGGGAAUCUGCCCUUUAAUACGUGGUCAAAAGAAAAUUAGGUCUUGGCAAAAACAUAGCGAAUUUAAGAGCUCAGUCUGGAAGGAGCUCAGCAGGGAGGCGUAGGAGCUGACUGCAGCAUUUCAAAGUCUUUCUAGAAGCUGUGGUUUGGAGAGGAAAAGGGGAUGAAAUCUUCCAUGUUGCAGCAUGCAAGAACUCAGCAGCUCUGCCUCUUCAAAUGUCGUUGUGACAUGGCUCCACCAUAUUCAUACUCAUGACUGAAGGAAUGGCAGACUCCAUACUCAGCCCCUUGCUUCUUGCUUUUCUUGGUUUGUGUUGCAUGCUCCAUGUUGUUUUAAUGUAGUUCCUAGUAUUUAAUGCAUUUUUAUUGCUUUCUCUAAUAACAUCGACUGAGUGCUAGGAGCCAAUCUAAACAAGCUGUGCCAAUAAGCCAAAUAUUUCACUUCAACCAGCAAAGCGGAUGCCUCUUACCCCUACUCACGCCUGGCUGUGCAAACCAAGGGCCUCGCUGCUCAUCAGGGAGAGCAAAGCAAAAGCCUGGCAUGGGGUGGGCAGAGCUGGGCUGUGUCCAUGUCCCUGCCACAUGUGUGCCAUCGAGGUGUGUCGGCGUCGAGGUGCGGGUCAGGCAGUGUGCAAAGCUGGCUCUUCUCGAGGGAUUAAUGCAGCAUCUUGUCUCGUGUACUUUGACAAGUUGGGUCUUGGUUUUGAGAGACUGUGAGCACUUUUAAAUCCCUUUGACAUCAGUGGAAGCUGGAGUUCAUGUUCUGCAUCGCUGAAAGCCUUUCCAAGCAAUUAAAAAACAACCCCAGACCUCCUCCCCUGGUGCUGAUCUGUGGUGUGGUGUUGACGUAAGUGUACUGGAGUUUCACUUACUGCAGCUGGGUAGUUGGCACUUUUAUAGGACUUUCAAAAAAAUUUUUCUGUCUUUUGCACACUAAUCCUGAUUUUUUUUUUACUCUCUGUUUGCUUUUCUCCUACAAGCCCAGCCUUCAUGUCUGACAUCUCAGCACUGCUUCCUGUUGUUCUCUGUGAUCUCCCUUGUUCCAUCUUCUCUUCUCUGGUUUCCUCCCUUUCAUUUUAGCCUUAUUUUCCUCAGGCUGCCUGAGCCCAUCCUCCCAGAGGGGAAGUGUAUCUGUCUCAUUCCCAUCUCUGUUUCCCUCCCAGCCCCACAGCUGUUCCCACUCCAGCAGACCCGACUCCUGCUCAGAGCACCAUCUACGUCCAACCCCUUUCCUCCAUCACUGCAGGUCAACAACAGAGAAAACUGGAAAUGCCCCAGGAGGGGGAGAUUACAGCCAAGAAAGAUCGUUCCUGCAAGGUGCCAAGUGUUGUCUCACUAGCGUUCGCCUGGACUUUCAUCUGGCUGGAUGGUGGAACCCCCAUCCCCAGCACUGACACCAUUUGCGAUGUUUCAUGCCACGCAAUCCAUCAUUGCUCCUGAGAAAUUUUCGCCUUUCAUGCUACCCAAGCCUGAAAGCCAGAAACUCUGCAGUGAGGAUGUGGUGAGGUGUGAAUGUACACUUCAUUUCCAAGUGGUUCUUUUCCCCUCAUGUGCUGCACUUCACCAGCAAAGCAGUGGGCACCAUUCUCUGUGCUUUGGCCCAUGUAAUUAUGUGUUUUCUAGCUGUGCUCGGUCAAAAGUAAUCAUGGAGUUACAACCUCAGUUGGGACAGAAAUCAAUCAGUUUAACAAGUUGACAUGUGUGUGAUUACAGAAGAUACAUUCUGCCACUGAUUUGUUCUGCCAUCCUUUUGCCCUCCUAAGUGGAACACACUGCGGGGACGGAUGAAGCCAGUGAGCUGUUGGUGGUGGCACAGCCUGCCCGUCCUGCUGGGGUGAGAUACAUGUACAGCUGAUGGAUGUGAAGGGACUUCUCCCUCCAGGGAACUGGGAUGCAUUUAGCUGCAGACUGCAUAUCUACCUUAGGCACCUUGUGACCCCUGCCUUGGGUGUGUUUUUAUAGAACUAGGGAAUUAUCAGAUCUGGAAGGAGAAUGUGUGUAGGCUGAUCUGCCAGCACUGCUGUGCACUUGUACCCAGCUGCAGACACAUCCCUUGCUCUGUCCCUUCGCCUCUCCUGUAUUCCCCAACUCAGACUUCGCCUUGUUCAGCAACAAAGAAAAUGCCUUCAGAAAUAUUGUUGCCCUGAUACAGCAGGAGGCUGUGACAGAUACAGUCACUGCUGGGGAACGAGCGCACAGCAAUGCUGCGCUGUCUGUGCCAUUAUUGUUCUCUGCUGCAAACUGGAAGCGACCGAGAGCAGGGCAAGGCAGCAGCCCUUCUGUAACAGCCCUCCCGGGAUGCACACACGGCUCCAGUGGUGCAGGAUGUGCACAAUGGGCAUGGCUGGCAGCUUCUGCCAUGAGGACGAUGACAAAAUCCCUCCUCUGGAUUUCGCCUCCGUAUCUCAUACCCUCUCAGUGACUGACAUUCAAACUGCUGGCUUUUAAAAACUCAAGAAAAGGAGAAGGGAAUAUGUAAACUUCCAGGGCAAAUUGUGUUGAAAAAUUAAAGAGUGAUACAGUGAUUGGCUCCAGGCUGGUCCUGCAAGGGUUGAUUCUCAUGGGAAUAGUUAUGACUUCUCUGAGGAUUCUUCUCAUUAGGGUUUGUUAUGGAGAAGUCAGUGUGCAUUCCCUCUGUGAGCAGUGAGAGCUGUGGCACUGCCUGCUCAGUGCUGCACUCAGCUCUGAAACUGCCGGCAGCAUUUCCAGGCACAGGUACGUAUGGGGAAAACAUCCAGAGCACAGAACGAGUUUGCAUUAGCUCUUGGUUACGUGGAUUACUGGAUUCAAGAGAAAGUUUUAGUUACACAACACAAACAGCCCACUUGUGGAUGUGUCACAAUGAUACUCUGGCACGCUCAGCAGCCCAUAAAAAUGCCCACUCUGCUUAUACUGUUGAAUUGUUUCAGCCUUUGAUAAACCAUCUGUUGCAGCCUGUUGUACAUUUUAAAGCAUUUCUUGCUAAUGGAUUUUCACAAUGUGGUUUAAGGGAUGUUGUUAUUAAUAAAUGUAACUGUACUGAAUAGUGAUUUGAUAAAGAUGAAAGAGGUAUUUAUGAAUUUCACUUUCAGCAGCUGCUAGGAAUUUUUCCCUCCUUCAGAAUAUAUUGCAUUUAAUGUUGAUUUCCUUUUCAUUAAAACUGUUAUAGUCUCACUUUAUAGAGAGGAUAUCAGAGGAGUUGGACCAGUUGUGCUAUCUUCUGUGCAGUAAAAAUCCAGUUCUGCUCAGAACAUGGCAGAGAUUUCCUUGCUGAAAGGCAGGGCUGCGGGCAUCCCAUCAGAAAUGCCUACAAAUAGUGUGUAUGUUUAAAGUUGGUUUUUUAAAAUAUGAUUAAUGGGUCUUAAUAUUGAUGGAAGCAUUAAAAGAAAAUAAUUUAUCCACACUUUUUGCUAAUGGGCCGAUCUCCAUUACGUUAUCGUUACAAUGGCCUCGUUGUGUGUAAAUUAAUUAGGGACUUUCAGUACCAAAUAAUGUGUGAUUGGCUCCAGUUGAACAGGAAACACGGGGUGUCUGAAGGCUGCUAUCUACCACAAAAAGGGCUCUGCUAACACUGGUGGCACACAGCAAUGGGAAGUACUGUGAGUUAUGUUGGGCUGCAUCAUAAAACAAUUGCAGGGCCAAGCAGGGACAGUGGUGAGGAGGAAUGUUAGCAGAAACAGAAUGGAAAGCUCUCUUUCCUAAGAGGUGAGCUUUGCUUUACUAGAACCUGAUCCACGCAGAGAUGGAUGUCUUCAGCAGAGGAGGCAGGUAUUAAUCACAGGAAAUAACUCGCAGAGCAGGAGUUCCCUUGACAAAAAAAAAGAUUUUCUAUUUUUGGAUUGUGCUUUUAAUUAAAGAUGCAUGAGGUCCACAUGCAGAAAGGACCAAAAGGCAGUGUGAAGCUGGAGGGUGCUGAGAGACAGGGCCCUGCUCCUGCCCCUCUGGGUUCCCUGCUGUGUGAUGCUGCACAGCCGCUUCUCUUCUCCGUGCCUCUUUGCUACCUCCCACUUUCUGUGCUUUGUUAGCUCUUUUCAAGGGCUGAAGCUUUCUUGUACCUUGAGUUAGCACUGCAUUUAGCUUCUCCAGAUGCUAUGGUAAUGCCAUCAGAUCUAAUAGUCUGCCACCCAGCUCCUUCUCUCAACUCAUUCUUUUGCGAAGUUGCUCAUCCUUGUGAACAGGCAGCUCAGGGAUUUAUAUAGAAAGAAGUAACAUGGAUCUGCCUCUGAUCUUAAGUAUAAAUCAAGAGUAAAUUCAAUGAAACUCAGCAGGAAUACAAUAGGCAUUUGUUACAGGGGAACCGAGACAUUCUCUGCAAAAUACACAAAUGCUACUUGCAGUAAAGUUUAUAAUACUAGACAAGAAAAUGGUGUGAUGUCUUGCUCCCUGCACACUGCACUGAACUUCUCCCUUGGGGUGACUCUUUAUGUUAUAAGCAGACAGUUUUCCUGGACUAAUUUCCUUGCAUAGUAGGCUAUAAAUAAUUAUUAUUGGUAUUGCACGGAGGCUGCGAGUUCCUGGACAACCGUGACCGAAUUCUUAAUUUGCCAGUUACUGAUAUCAUGCAUCUGUUUUUGUGAUUACUUUAAUUAUGUUCUAUGUGUAAUUGAAAGAAUACAAAAUCAUCUUUUUUCUUUGUAGAUUCACAGACUGAUGGAAGGACAGCCCACCUCUGGCCGUCUCUGCGUUUGUAAAUCCUGUCUGGACUCAAAUGAUAUUCUGGGGUAAGCACUUGUUUAUACAGUUUAGCAGUGUUAGCCCCUGUGUAGUCUCUGAAGACAAUACCAGUAAGUUGUCAGCAUCCCCUGGGCCACAUUGUAUGUUGUAGGAAGAUUCUCAGCAGUAAAAAUGCAGUUUUAUUCUUCUCAAAGUGCCCCUUACCAAAGUCAGCCAAGCAUCCAGAAGCAAUUACUCUGAAUGAUGGAUGCAGCAUUAAUAUUCUACUGACUUGAUAAGCAUACAAGAUAGUCCAAGUCUUUCCAGAGGUUUCAAUUUCCAUCAUGUCCCCCAUUUCUUUUGACUGAACCAUGCCAUAGUGUAUAUCCAGGGCUUGACAGCUCUAAUUUCAUAGGAGCCAAUGGACUUGAAAGAUAAUCUAUUGAUGGAGGAGAUAGAUGAAUCAGGCCUGUGGCCAGAGUCCCGUUGACUUCAGUGAAAGCAGACAGCGAUGCAGUUGCUGUCACAUAGGUCUUGAGAGCAGACUGCUUUAAUGACUUUGUCCUCAGGUGCCCAACUCAGUCAUUGUGCUAAAGGAAUGGAGCACAGCUACAUGAUCUGGGGUGCUGGAUGCUGCUGGGUGGUCCAAGUCAUAGAUACUGCCAGUGAGCACAAUUGCUCUUGCAGAGCCAGUACAAAGAGCUCAAGAUGCAGUCCUGCUUUCCUUCUCUCCAUCUUCCAACAGGAACACAGGUCUUGACCACACACACUGUCAAUACAGGACCUUGGACUUGAACUUUGUGCCUCGGACUUCAGCUUUGUGAGCCCUUAGACAGUCCUUCUGCAGCUGCAUCAGCCCACACAGUCACAGCUCUCAGUUGGGAGGUGGCAGGCACAAAGCUGGCACUGGAUCUGUGAUUAUUUCUCUGCAAAGUCAAACAGGGCCAAAAAUAAAUGCUAGUGAAGGAAUAAACAGACGUGAAAAGAAGGCUUGGACACUUGGAGGACAAGACUGCUUUGUGUUUCCCAAAGCAAUAAGCCUCUUGACAAGGAGGUUACUCUUUCAGAAAAACACGAGUCCUGCGACAGUGCCAAGCUCUUUCUACAGGGUUUGAACGUGCACCAGUUUGGCAGCAGAAGACAGCUUCCAUCUAUCUCAGAUAGCAACGUGGCCCCAGCACUAUGGCUGUAUCACUUGCAUGCUGGCUUGGGAAGAGGGCUGUGCUGCUGCUGCUCUGGAGGAAGCAGGUGAAGACACUGCAUCAGCUACAUGAGGAAACAGUCUGUGGCUUCGUAUGCUGGACCGGUCUCAGAAAUCGAAGGCAUCAAAGCAGAAAGUCCUGAAGCAAACAACUCCAAAGGCAGCGACCUGCAAGGCAGCCCUGAGCAGCACAGGUUUCUUUGCUCCCAGCCCAUCCUUAGCAGACAGAAUAUGCCUUUCUUGUGCCCAUUACCUCCCUUACCUAGUCACACAACUGCUGGGACCAGGAUUGUCUUUUAGGGCUUGCUUACACAGAGCAGUUGACUAUUCUGCAAUAGCUGCUGCAGGAUGACUUCACGUGAACGCGCUCAUUCCACAGCGGCUGUUGGAGCUCCUGAUUCAUACCAUACCUUAACUGGAGUCGUGUCAGCAAGUCAGUGUGCUCUACAGAGUUAAGCAAGACCCAGGACCCAGUUUGGGGUUUCUAGUCACUUCUCCUUUACAUAGAGUUGAGCUUUAAGAAAAGCAGUUGAAAUGUUCCUGAGAAUGACAAAUAACAAAUGAGUAAUGCUUGCUGUGGAGCCACACAGCCCAAUUAAAAAUAGGUAAGUGAUGUGUAAAGGCAAGUCUGUGCAGUCUGUGUAGAGAGAAGGAAAAAAAUAAAAAUAAGUAUGCAUUUCUAAUCUAUUGGCGCAGUCACAUGAAGCAGAAUUCAUUGAUAAAAAUAUCAAUUAAUUGAUAGAGAAAACCUUUUCAAACAGGUAAUGAUUAAAACAACCAGACGCUGGGAAGGGGACAGUUAGUGUUGUGGAGCCAGAUUAAUUUGAUUAUCCAUCUCCCUAGGUAAAGUUAUUAAAGGAGAAAAGCUUUUUGUUGUAGAGUUCAAUGAAAACAAAAACUUAACACAUACAAGCUCUCAGAAAUGCAAACAAGGUGUUAGAAUGCAUGAUGGAGAAUAAUUGAAUAUUACAGUUCUGUUUAACAAAUUGCUUCUCUUUGUACAGUUACUGCAUCCCUGCCCUAAGCAGGAAUGAAGCUGAGAAUAAGAUGAUGAGAACGAGCAGAGAUCUGCAAUGGCUGAGAGCAAUUCAGCAGACCAAGGAGUAAAGCAGGGAGUUAGCAAGGAGAGGGCAGUUCCCAAUGUAAUGAAAGGCAUUAAGUGUAAAACCACCAACACUUUCCCAAACAUGAAAAGAAUAAAUUGAAUACCGAAAGAAAAAAAAAAAA